AUGAGAUUGCGCCCCACUGAGCCAGCGCGCCCCCUUUCGCAUGCCAUGAUGCAAAGUAACCUUGGAAAGACGCUUCAAACACCACCUGUCCAGUGGUGUCAGUCACACCGGAGGAGGUCUCGCGUUUCCUUCACCGAUGUCCUCCUCGUCCGCCUAGUCAACGCGCUCAGCAUCGCGACCUUCUUCCAACCGGACGAGUACUUUCAGUCUCUCGAGCCAGCGUGGGAUCUUGCAUUUGGGUCUGAAAGCGGCGCUUGGCUCACUUGGGAAUGGCACUAUCAACUACGCUCCUCGCUACAUCCCAUACUCUUUGCCAUUCCAUAUUCGCUCGUUGACCAUGCAGCACGCCUUCUCAACAUUUCUCCCGCCUUGCGCUCCAGCAUGCUCAUUGCGGCACCUGCGAUCCUGCAAGCCGUCAUUGCCGCGCUAGGGGACUGGUACACAUUAAAGCUCGCCGCCAACAUAUAUGGCCAAGAUAGCCUCAAUGCCAACGUCGCUCUUAUGCUGCAGCUUGUCAGCCCGUGGCAAUGGUAUUGCGCGUCCCGUACCUUUUCCAACUCCCUCGAAGCUUCCCUCACCACCAUGGCACUCAGCUACUGGCCGUGGUCACUUCUUGGCGCUGCCACAACGACAAAGGAGAACCCAAAGUCUACUGAUCCUCUAACUUGGGGCGGUACCAUUGGGCGCCUUCGCAUCUGCCUAUGUCUAGCCGCGCUAGCCAUUGUGCUGCGGCCUACCAAUGUUCUCAUCUGGAUCACCCUCGCCGGCCUCACAGUAUCGCGUCUGUCUUUCCACGGCGCCUCGCCCCUCACCUUGUCAACCAUUAUGGUACUUGCUCGCGAGGCCAUUCUAUGCGGCUCCUUUAUCCUUGGCCUCUCCUUGCUCGCUGAUCGGGCAUACUUUGGCUUCUGGACCCUACCAGCGCAUAACUGGCUUAACUUCAACAUUACUAAAUCGCUGGCGGUUUUCUAUGGUCAAAAUCCGUGGCAUUACUAUUUACUGCAGGGCAUCCCACUGCUCUGCACCACGAUAUUGCCGUUUGUAUUGCCCGCGCUCAUUCUCCCGCAGACAAUGGGCACCGCUGAGCUCAAAAAUACGCAUCGUGCCCUGGCCGCUGCGGUCAUUGUCACAGUGACCACGCUGUCAUUCAUCUCACACAAAGAAGUGCGCUUCAUCUACCCUCUGCUGCCGAUUUUCUCUGUCCUGGCAGCACCGCGUGUCACCUCCUUUUUCACGUCUGCUGCCAAGCCAGCAACGGGCAAGGGAACAGCUUCCAAGCGUCAGGUCCGCAACCAGCGCUACCUCAUAGCCGGCCUCGCUUUGAAUGGUGUGUUGGCCGGUUACCUUUCCUACUUUCAUCAAGGCGCGCCCAUCCAAGUGCUCUCGUUUCUGCGUCAAGACUUUGAGCGUAUCCAUAACACCGCCAAAGCGGCGCAACAAAACCACGAGACGGAGUUGUUUGCCCUCUUUCUAAUGCCGUGCCAUUCUACGCCAUGGCGUUCGCACUUGGUGCACCCAGACUUGCACGCAUACGCGCUUACCUGUGAUCCGCCGCUGCACACCAAUCCCAACACUGUUGAGAGGGACACGUACCGAGACGAGGCAGAUCGGUUCUACGAUGACCCCGUCGGCUUCCUGCGCCGGGAGCUGUUUUUGGCGACGCCAACAGCGCCGGCGGUGUCUAUCCCCGGGGGGCGCAGUCCGCAGGCGGUGCCGGGCCUAUUGAACCCACCGCGUUACAUUGUCGGCUUUGAAGGCGUGGAGGACUACCUAGUGGAAUUCCUCACCACGACAGAGGAGGGUAAGGCGCUGGGUUUUAGGCUGCGACCCGUGUGGACCGGGUUCAAUGGCUUGUUCCACGAGGAUUGGCGCCGCGCAGGAAACAUGGUCGUCUGGGACACUGGCAUAUUUCAUGACGCCCCCAGUGGGGUCUAA